AUGUUGCUGAUGGAGCUGACUUUGUUGCUGAUGGAGCUGACUUUGUUGCUGAUGGAGCCGACUUUGUUGCUGAUGGAGCCGACUUUGUUGCUGAUGGAGCCUCCUUAUGUUGCUGAUGGAGCUGACUUUGUUGCUGAUGGAGCUGACUUUGUUGCUGAUGGAGCUGACUUUGUUGCUGAUGGAGCCGACUUUGUUGCUGAUGGAGCCGACUUUGUUGCUGAUGGAGCUGACUUUGUUGCUGAUGGAGCUGACUUUGUUGCUGAUGGAGCCGACUUUGUUGCUGAUGAAGCCGACGUUGUUGCUGAUGGAGCCGAUUUUGUUGCUGAUGGAGCCGACUUUGCUGCUGAUAGAGCCGACGUUGUUGCUGUCUGCUGGAAUGGUGAUGUUCUUGGCGAAAUCACCGACGAUGGUCCUUAUUCCUUUGCAUGUCGACCUCUCAAACUUAAAGUUAACACAUGGGUACAUGAUCAUGGGCAGCGUUCUGUGGCUGCUGGUGUUUAUCUGCCCCGUGUCAGUGGCGACAGAUCCCCAGGGGUGUGUCACGAGGAGGGAGUACACAAACUAGAGCAGAGGGUGCACGCCAUAGAGAACAAGAGAGUCGACACAGGUGUAGCAGGUGGAGUGUCCUUCGCUGCCACCCUGACAACAUCCGGUCAACUAACGGGAAACGCCACCAUCGUUUUCGACAACGUCCUUCUCAACACCGCAGGGGCCUACAACUCCUCCAACGGCGUCUUCACGGCGCUCUUCUACGGCAUCCACUACUUCAGCGCAACAAUCAGAGCAGAUUCAAACACAGCGCUCACGACAGGCGUUGUGAAAAACGGCCUCGUGGUCUCCCGAAUUGCGUCCCUGGCCACUUCCGGUGAUGGACAGGGGUCAGUAAGCAUUACUCUAAAUCUCGACCCCGGGGACCGAGUGUGGGUUCGGGCAGACCAGAAUGCAUCUGGGCAGCUCAGGACAGAGUCGGGGUGGAACGUCUUCACCGGGUUUCAACUAAACUCAGUCAUAUAAACGUGUGCUGUCUUGUGGAACAUUACAGGGCGGAUUACAUUGAAUUCCUGGCUUAACAAUAAAUUGGUGUUACACAUACGA